UCUUUAUUUAUUGUAUUUAUACAAUUUUUUGUUGAGGGUAAAAGUGGGAACACGAAGUCGAAAGUGUCAAACUGAAGUAUUAAGCAGUCAAAACGGUGCAGUUUGAGCCGGAUCUGCUGCUUCUAGUUGAAGGCAGGAACUCGUUGAAGGCAGGAACUCAGAGAGGUAGUAGCAGAUACAAACAGUGAAGAAGAUGAAGGCGUUGGGAUGGUGGUUAAUGCUGGUGGGUUCACUUCGAUUAUCCUCCGUUUGGUUCGGCUUUUUUGAUGUUUGGGCUCUUCGUCUCGCCGUUUUCUCCAACACCACCAUGACCGAAGUUCAUGGGAGGACAUUCGGAGUUUGGACACUUUUGACUUGUACUCUCUGCUUUGUAUGUGCAUUCAACUUGGAAAAUAAGCCACUAUAUUUGGUGACAUUUUUGUCAUUCAUCUAUGCCUUUGGUCACUUUUUGACUGAAUACCUCUUCUACCACACAAUGGCCCUUUCAAAUCUGACAACCGUAGGCAUAUUUGCAGGGACAUCGAUUAUAUGGAUGCUGUUACAGUGGAAUGCACAUCAACAAAGAAAUGUGAAGCAUUCCUGAAAAUAAACUCAUUCACUUUCAUAUGCUUUUGUUUUGAAGUCUUGCAGUUGCUUUAAUCUUUAAUGCUGAGACGUUGGAAUUUCUCGGUAUUGAUUUUGUGUUCUCAAUCAGUACUAAUUGAUAACGGCUGUUUACAAUUAGAUUGUGGAGUUUCUGUCCAAUAGAGUGAAAGAAUUCUGAACAUCGUGAUGUGUGAUUCUGUUUGAGUACUCUGAUUAUAAGAUUAAACCAAUAAUAGAGAUAUGACUGUAAACUUCCAUACCUUUCUUAAAUUAAUGGUAUUGUG